GUUUUAAGUUUGGAAAAUAUCUUAUACAUCGUUCUUAUCUUGUCGGCGAUAUAAGUUGGCAAUUGCUGAUACACUAGGUCCGAUUAAGAGCAAUGGAUAUACUAAGUGUAAAACGCCCCCCCAAAAAGAGUCGUUUUAUGACAGCAUUCUUUUACCGCAAAAUAAGCUACCACACGAAUCAAAAGAUUAUGUAGAAUGCGUCAAAUACAUUGUAGACAAUGAUCUCAUUUUCAGUUUUAGCAGAUGGCAUUAUUUUGCAGUUUAGAUAUGCCCUUGGAACUGUGUAAGCGUUUUUGGCAUGGUUUAUUUUUGGCACCUGCGGUCGGUGGAGGAUAUCAGUUUUUAUCACGCUUUACCCUAUAGACAACGUUCAGCAAUACCCAAUUCUGUCGUUAAAUCUCUCUACAGUAAUUGCUUUCUAUCGUUAGCUUUCAUUGCUGAAUAACUGCCAUGUCCACCAGGAAAUUGAAAUCGGGAGGGUGAAGCGUGACUUUCAACAUGUCAACUUUGGCUGAGCUUAUUUUCACAGAACAGCGAUCUUUCUUUGCUCCUCCUCCCAACUCGGGUUUUAACAAGCUCUAUUUUACAACGAUGGACGAUCCUAACGCUGAUACCGAAUGGAAUGACAUUCUCCGUGCCAAAGGCAUCUUGCCUCCGAAGCAAGAACAGACCAUGAACGAAUUGGAAGACAUGUACGUCAACAGCCUUCGGGAGAAAGAAGAAGAACGCAACAAUUUGGAUAACAAAACCCUCGAUGAACUCGAUGAAUUGGAAGACUUGGAGGACGAUCGUAUCAUCUUGGAGUACAGACAAAAGCGUCUGCAGGAAAUGCAAGCUCAGGGAGCCAAAGAAAAAUAUGGCGAUUUGGUUCAAAUCUCCAAGCCAGACUUUGUUAAAGAAGUCACCGAAGCGAGUAAAGAAUGCCACGUUGUAGUGCAUCUGUUCAAGGAUUCCAUUCCAGCAUGCAAGCUCAUGAAUCAUCAUUUAUCGGCAUUAGCACAGCAGUUUAAAGCCACCAAAUUCCUUAAAAUCGUGGGAGAUCAAUGUAUACCCAAUUAUCCUGACCGCAAUCUCCCAACGCUUUUGAUCUAUGGUGACGGUGACAUCAAAGCCAAUCUUGUCGGCGCUAUUCAGUUUGGUGGAAUGAACAUGACCAUGAAAAGUAUACGCGCGAUUCUGGCUCGUUACGGGGCCGUUCCACCAGAGAAAGGAGAAGACGAUGAUUUUACGGAAAAAAAGAAGUCGAAAUCUAUUUACAGCUCAAAAGCAACUGCUGCAUUAAGCAGUGAUGAAGAAGAUGACGACGAUGAUGAUAGAGGAUAUUACUAGUUUCCUUCAUGCUGCGCUCUUUUUCUUUAAUUUUCCUAAUUACAGCAUCCGAAUAGAUUGAAUGUAGACUUCAUACAAAAUUGUCUUGAGUGUAGAUCAUAAUCGUUAAUGUGUUGGUUAUUUGAGAGAGCUUAGUUAGAAAAGGCUGCCUUUGGGAGAUAACAAACCAGAUCAGUGGGUAAUAUAUGGUAUUGAACACCAGCAGCUUCGGUUAUCGUCACAAGUUGUAUGUUACAUAAACAAUAUGUACGAUUUUUAGCUAGUAUAAACCGCUGUCAUCGUCUUCAGUUAAUCAGA